AUGCUGCUCUGGUUACUGAUAAACCUCUCAUGUGUCCAGAAACAGUACUUGGAGACCGGAACGGUGACGAACUCGCUCUUGUUCGUCGCUGUGAUGCAGUCAUUCUACAUUUUCGACGGAGUGCUCAACGAGGAAGGCGUGCUCUCGAUGAUGGACAUUACCACCGACGGCUUCGGUUUCAUGCUCGCAUUUGGAGAUCUCUGCUGGGUCCCGUUCACAUACUCCCUGCAAGCAAGAUACCUCUCGCUCAGGCCUGUGCAUUUGUCGCCAGCAGCCUUUAGCAGCGUCGUGGCCAUCAUGGCCAUUGGAUACUACAUUUUCCACUCGUCCAAUAGCCAGAAAAGCAAGUUCCGCCAGGGACUGCUUCCGCACAUGAAGAGUAUCAAAACAGACCGCGGAACAAGCUUGCUGGUCGAAGGAUGGUGGGGACUGUCGCAGCAUAUUAACUAUUUUGGAGAUUUAUUGAUUGCAUUGAGCUGGUGUCUUCCAACAGGGUUUGGCACGCCGUUGACAUACUUCUAUGUGAUAUACUUUGCCUUCUUGCUGCUGCACCGCCAGAAGCGGGAUGAGCAUAAAUGUCGAACCAAGUACGGCAAAUCCUGGACAGAGUACGAGAAAUUGGUUCCGUACAAGAUAGUUCCAUAUGUAUACUGA